AGGCCUACGGUUUUGAGUGGUUGUCAGAGGGUUUUACCGAUCAGAAAGAGAGAGAAAAGAAGGGAAACAAAAGAUUCCUCCACCCUCAAUCAUGGGAUAGAGUCGUAGAAUGUGAAGCUCUUGAUCUUCGGAUCCCCCGGCAGCUCUCCCAUCCCACAAUUCUCCUGUGAAUUUCCUGGAAUUCUCAGCUCAAUUUCGACUUCUGGACCGGCGCCAUUGUUUGAGGUUCUGGAGGUUUGUGCAAUCGAAUUACGGUUACCUUCCAAAUGGAUUGAAGAAUACCAGUUCCCUGCAUCUUAUGUCUCCGUUUUUGGUAUGAUCUCUGCGAUAUGGUGUUGAAUAGGAGGUUAGAAUAUGGAUUCAAUGGCUAUCAGGUGCCUGCAAUGCCUCGGGCUGCCCGAUCAGCUAGAAGGAGAGGUUCGCCUAACAAGAAAGUUGAAGACAAUAACAUGUGUGCAUUCGACUUAUUGGCCACCGUAGCUGGUAAGCUAUUGGUCGGGAAAGAUAGUUCUCCCUCUUCAAGCAAUUUGUCGACUAAACAAGAUCAGUGUGCAAUCACUGUUGGCAACAUUAAGGAAGAAUUUCAGGCUCCGCAGAAACAGUUGGAACUGCAACCAUAUGACCAAGGAUCCGGUGAUAUGAUCUGCUUGGGUCCGAAACUUGUACCUGACUAUCACAAUCCUGUUAAUUCUUUUAAAGAAGCUAAUAAGGACGCACUGGGGUGCGCAGAUACAAUAGUAAAUUCAGAUGGCUCAGGUGGGUUAGCUUCUGAGAAGUUAGGAAAAGAUGAAAUGAGAUAUUUUGCUGAGAAGGUAACAUUAGGUUCAGUUGAACAUGGAAAACCUUCCAAUUAUAACUCGGAGGAUGAAACCAAGAGGAAGAAUGUGGUGGAACUGCUUAAUUCCGGGAAUGCUCCCCAUGGUACCGGAGCCAAUAUGUACAGUGCUAUAGGGGAUCAAGUUGUUUGGGAUGCAAAACCUCUUGUACAAAUUAGUUCAUACAGUAAUGCCAAGAUGUCUUUUAAAGAGACUGAGGAGCCUGGUCCUCGUAAUUUAUUUUCCCAGGUUAGGGAUAAUGUAGCAUUAGAUAGUAAAGAUGAUGACGAAAACUCCUCGGGGUGCACCCACCGUAGCACCACAAAGAACUCCUUUAAGCCUGCCCCAUGUAUGGGAGACCGGAGAAUCAGGAAGGUACUGGCUUCUAAAUAUUGGAAAGUAGCUACAAAGUGGAAGGAGAAGCUGUUUUCUAGAAAUGAUGUGGAUUUGAAGGCUGAUGGCUUUGACAAGAAGAGCUUUUAUAAACGCCAGAGAUCUCAGCGGAACUUCCCUUUCAAGAAGAGGAAAUUUUUUGAUUUGAAUUGUGAAUCGAACUCUGACGGAGAAAUUAGUGGAGAUAGCUGUGCUGAUCGGGAAAUGUCAUCAGUUGCAGGACAGCAUUCACCAUACCAGUCUGCAAAUCCCCAUGUGAGGGUGAGGAUCGAGUCUUUUAGGGUGCCAGAGCUAUUCAUCGAGAUUCCAGAAACUGCUACAGUUGGUUCCUUGAAGAGGACAGUUAUGGAAGCUGUGACUGCAAUUCUUGGAGGUGAAUUACGUGUAGGUGUUGUACUUCAGGGGAAGAAAGUUGGAGAUGACAGUAAAACUCUAGCACAGACUGGAAUUUGUCAUGGCAAUAAUCAGGUUGAUGCUUUGGGUUUUACACUUGAGCCUAACUCUUCACAGGAUCUCCGUUCUGCAACUCCAAGGUCCAGCCCCUCUCUUGUUCGUCGCAAUACAUCCUACCCUCACUCGAGGUAUCCACCUGCUCGAACUGAAGCUCGUGAGGGAAUUUUUGAUGAGCCUCAAGCGGUCAACAAUUUAGGGAACUCAGCUGAGAGUGACCGUGGUUCAGCUACCUCUCCAACUGACCUAUCAAACAAGGGCCUUGCAGACUCUAAGGCACUUGUGCCAGUCUCUGCUCUGAACAGGGAGACUCUCGCUGUGGUUCCAGUUCGUCGGAAAUCAAAACAUUCUGAGAUCGCCCAGCGACGCAUUCGUAGACCCUUCUCUGUUGCUGAGGUGGAAGCUCUUGUUCAAGCCGUUGAAAAACUCGGCACUGGAAGGUGGCGAGACGUUAAGCUUCGGGCCUUUGAUAGUGUGAAACAUCGGACUUAUGUCGACUUGAAGGACAAGUGGAAGACGCUGGUGCACACAGCGAGAAUCUCCCCGCAGCAGAGGAGGGGGGAGCCGGUGCCUCAGGAGCUGCUGGACAGAGUCCUAACUGCCCAUGCCUACUGGUCCCAACAACAAGCCAAGCAACAGCUCAAGCACCACCAUCGCCGCCACCACCACCAUCACCACCAACCCGAGACCCGUCUCCUCCUCUGAUCCGAUUCCUCAGAAGUGCACGGGAAAGGAUCAGAUAUUCGAUAUCGUUUAAGGAAGGUACAUCUACUGUAUCUAAUUAUGUAAUUUUCUUACUUGUAUUGUCUGCUCCGUGUUCUGGUGACUUGUAAAAAAGCAAAUGACGAAAAGGGAUUGGGAAGUCCUCCUGUAAAUGGGAGAGCAAAUUCUUUCCUUCCUUUGUUUUUUAGCUGUUGUCUAUGGCACACUCCCAUGAAAUUUCCUUCUGUGGAUAGGACAUGUUGUAAAUGUCUUUUUUACCGGAAUAAGACCCCUUCCGAGUUAAUAAAUAUGUUAUCUAGUAGCUUAUCCGA